UAUAAAAGUGUCAGGCGUGGUUAGAUUCCUUUCAAAUGCAGAGGUUUUCUUUCACUAGACGUGGAUAACCAAUCGAGUCUAAGUCAACUCACAAGUAGUUGGAAUGGAUUGUCCCAGUGAGGAGGAAGAAUUUGCAGAUGCUAGUGAAUACAUUGAAGAUGAACAACAAACAUUUACUGCAGGAGCACAUGCUGUUAAGUCAUAUCAAAAUGAAGAUGUUUCCAUGUUACAAGAUAUCCAUUCACCAAAUGCAAUCUCAGUACAGCUUAUUGGGACCAGUUCUGUUACUCUUGCUUGGGAUAGUCCAGACAACAUAACUACAUUUGAGCUGACCUACUACAGUCUCACAUCUACAAAGACCACUACUAUCACACAUUCCUCAACCAUAGAGGUGGAAGAUCUGUGUCCAGGGACUGAGUAUACUUUCAGCCUUGUUUCUGUAUCAGACAGUGGAGAAUGCAGUGUGGAGGUUAAAGCGACUGCAUGCACCAGGCCACUCCCACCUGAAAACUUCAAGGUUGAGAGUGUGGGCACCAAUUCAGUUUCUCUUAUUUGGGAUGCAUCUGGCAGUGAGGAGAGCAGUUUUCAUGUUGCUUGCAGCCAGAAUGGAAGAAUGUUUCAGGAGAAGAUGACAAAUUCAAGAACUAUGGAUUUCUGUGACCUAAGUCCUGGAAAGAAGUACUGUUUUAACAUUACCAAAGUGCUUCCAAAUGGCAACAGAAGUAAAGAAGCAGUCACAUAUGCUCAAACCAAAACAAACAUCCAAAGCCUUUUACAAGAAUUGGGUUUGGAGAAGUACUACCCAAAUAAACUCUCCCUCAAUGAUGUUCUACAGAUUGAGAAGAGGUCAGUGACAGAUGAGCCAGCCCAGUCCCUAUCAUCCUUACCAUGGCUGUUUCUAAAGAAACUGAUGAUGGUGAAUGUGACUGCAAGAAGUGUCAAAUGUUCAUCUGAUGAGAGUGAAGAUUUGUCAAGCUUAGAUUUUAACAAUGAAUCAUUUGAUUUUCUGAAUGAUCAGUACAACAGUGUAAAUCCUUUAGACAUAGUGUCCGCCCUUUUCCUUUGUUCAGAUGGUUUCCUCCAACAGGAAAUGGUCUCAAAAAUGUCAAUGUGUCAGUUCUCUGUGCCUUUGCUUCUUCCAAACAGUGACACUCACCAGUGCAUGUUAAUGCUUUGGGCCAUGAGAGAUAUUGUGAAGAAAUGUAGACCUCAUUAUUUGUCAGACCCAAGAGGCUUUGUGGAGGAGAGAAUUGUUCACUUUGAGCUCCCCCUAGUUUCUUUUGUUAGACUUGGUGACUGCAGCAUUUCUAAAUCUCAGAUCUUAAACAAAUUGCUUAGCAACCCCCAGCAGUAUCAUGACACCUUUGUACAUCGAGAUAUGGAUUGUGGAGACAUUCCAAGAAAGAUAUCAAAUGGGUUAGUGGAGAUGAGUUGGUAUCUACCUUGUGGAAACAAAAACAUUGAUGUUUUUCCUGAACCCGUGGCUGUCGCAAACUUGAGAGGCGACAUCAGUACCUUUGAAACACAGUACACCUUCCUAUGCCAGACCUCCACUGCCGUUUUUGUGUUCUUUGACAAUCUGGACACAAACUACAAGUUACUCACCAACCAACAUGCUAAAGCACAGUUUUUUUUAGUAGGCAAUGUACAAAACAAAGCAUUUGAUUUCGAUCAGUUGAAAAGGACAGCUUCUGAAAUGAGUCUGAAGAAAAACAACAUAAUUCUGAAAACCAAUCAAAAUGAUGCAAAUUUUGUUAAAAAUCUGCAUUCUUCAGUAAAUCUCAUAAUUAAUAAUCAUUCCAACAAAGCACGUCUGGAGGGAAUGGACAGCAUAGCACAUGAACUCGGAAUUUUAGUUGAUGAAGACAUCCAGGAAUGUCAGAAUGCUAAAGAUAAUGCACAUGCCUUGACGGAAAAUAUAAAGGACACACUGCAGUUCAAACAGACACAGCUUCCCCUUCAGGGUAAAAUCUGGAAAGAUUUGGCAAAACUGGAGAAAGAGGAAUGCAGACUCCGGAAAGCUGGUGAUCAAAACAUAGAAGCAUACAAGAGUGAUCUCCAGAUCAAAAAGACUGAACUCAGGAAACAGCAGAGUAAAUAUGAUAUCUCAAAUGCCAUGUCUUGCUUUGUUAGUGCACUAUCAAGUUCAAAUCAGGAGAGAUCCUACUUCUUAAAGUGGAUGCGGAUGAACCUUGAUAAUAUCUCCCGAAAAAACCUCUCUAGCCUCAGAGAACUGUACAAAGAAAAGUGUCAACAAUUUUUAGAAAACAAAGAGGAAAUUGCACGGCUUGACCAACAGAUCUCUAACAGUUCUUUAGGAGUAGAGCACUUCCUGCGUGAAAUGGGACAACUCUAUGAAGCUGCAGUGUCGCUUCCAGAAAACAUACAAUCACGUAAACAAAUGCUCCACUUACCCCGGCUAUGUGCUCAGCUGAUGUUAGAUGGUUUCCCUCUGGAACUGGUUGAUGGAGAUGCAUCAAAUAUUCCUCUCAGAUGGGUUAGUGAUGUGCUUAUGUAUUUGAACUCUUUGGUGCAGCCCAAUAAUAAAAUCAUAGUGGUCACAGUUUUGGGAGUCCAGAGUACAGGGAAGUCCACCUUGCUGAACACCAUGUUUGGAGUACAGUUCGCAGUCAGCAGUGGACGAUGCACUAGAGGAGCUUUUAUGCAGCUGAUCAAAGUCACAAAGGACAUCAAGAGAAAUCUUGGUUGUGAUUAUUUAGUGAUAAUUGACACCGAAGGUUUGAAAUCUCCUGAGCUGGCAAAACUAGAUGAUAGUCAUGAACAUGACAAUGAAUUAGCCACACUUGUUGUUGGUUUGAGUGAUAUUACAAUUAUCAAUAUUGCAAUGGAGAAUUCCACAGAGAUGAAGGAUAUUUUGCAGAUUGUGGUCCAUGCUUUCCUUAGAAUGAAGGAAAUAGGUAAAAAACCCAAGUGUCAGUUUGUCCACCAAAAUGUUGCUGAUGUAUCAGCCCAUGACAAGAACAUGAGAGAUCGAAAACUUCUGCUGGAGCAGCUGAAUGAGAUGACAGAGGCAGCAGCUAAAAUGGAGAACAAGGAAGAGUAUAAAAUGUUUACAGAUGUGAUGGAGUAUGAUCCAGAGACUUGCAAUUGGUAUAUUCCUGGACUGUGGCAUGGAAAUCCUCCAAUGGCACCAGUGAAUGCUGGCUACUCCGAGUCAGUCUAUGACCUUAAAAAGAACAUGAUUGAUGUAAUUGGAGAAUGCAAACUCAAAACAUCUGGAAACAACAUAACAGAAUUUUUGGAUUGGACAAAAAGCUUGUGGAAUGCAGUCAAAUAUGAAAAUUUCAUAUUUAGCUUCAGGAAUAGCUUGGUUGCUGAUGCAUACAUGAGACUGUGUGCAGAAUUUCAUAAAUGGGAGUGGUCUUUCAAGAAGCAUAUGCACUCUUGGUUAACAGAGGCUGAAACUACUGUGUCAAAUUUUGAGAUGAUGAAACUAAAAUCAGACAAGUCAGACAUGCAAAAUCUUCUGUGCAGACUGAAACAAGAAGCUGUCACAAAGCUUGACUCAUUGGAAAAGAAAACAAUGGAAAACCUUUCCAAAUACUUUGAACAAACAGAGGGUCAUGUCUAUCUAGUGGAAAAGUUUAAAGAAGAUUUUGUGAGCAGUGUAAAAUCUCUCAGGAGGGAAACUGAGAGCUCUCUCCUGACUCACCUUGAGGCAACAGUGGAAAUCAGAAAAGGAAUGGAUAAACUUGAUUAUAUCAAGAAAACAUUCACUGAUACAAUGGAGAAAAAAGUGUUGGGUUUACUGGAGGAGUUACGCAAAAAUUCUUCAAUGAGAAAAAUAGAGAAGUCUGAUGUAGAGCUUAACAAUAUUUUUGAAAAGAUUUGGGAACAAACAGUCAGUGAAUUGUCAGUUUGUGGUUUCUCCCGAAAAAACAUAUUUGAUAGCAUUUUCAAGCAACUAAGAAAUAAUCUGAAACAGAAAGGAGGUUUUUUUGCAGAGCAAUUAAAUCAAGUGAAACCAGAGAACUGUGGCAGAGAGCCCUUCAAAGUAACCACAGAAACCUUUUUCAAAAAAGUGAAGCGUUACCUUUUUCAAGACGAUGCUCUAAGUCUACAGGAUAUGGCCGAUAAUAUAAUUCAGGAAUGUGGUAAUUUAAUUCAAGACAAGGCUGAGAGACAUUCAGAUUACCAUGACACCUUUAUUCAGGACAUCCUAAACAUAAUUGAUGAAAGACUGACAUCUCACAAAAAGAUGGGAUUUUCAGACAAAUUUGAACUGUCUCUAAAACUGCACAUUUGUGGGAUGUCUGCAAGAGAAUUUCAACGCAUGCAUGAUCAUUACAUUAAGGAGAAUGACCCACAAAGAUGCAUUUGUAAGGUUAAAGACAAAUAUCGCAAUGAUUUCAAAGACCUGUUCCAUGAUCGUGAUCAGUGUCAGAGAAAGGCUGAACAAUUCACUACACUGUGCUUAAAGCCUGCAGUUGAAUCAUUCAUCUACAGUUCCUUGGGUCCAGACAUCAUUGAUGCAAUGCUUCAAGGUAAACAUGCAUUCCAGUUCAGCACUCGUGCAUUUUUCCAGUACUCACUUUUGAAGCAACUUCUCAAUGAAGAUAACUUUGAAAACUAUGUAAAAUUCAUUUGCUCAUAUGAAGGUUUUGUGAAGUGUUGGAUAUUAGAUCAAAUUACUGAGCAAUUGUCACAUGGGGAGGCAUUGUUUGAGAUCGAGGAACGUCAUCUCAGACUGGCCAAAAUGGAAAUACUUGAGGCAAUCAAAACUGCUCAAAAUGAGACAAAGGAAAAUGAUGUCAAAAAAUUCAUUCAUUCCAUUUGUAGAAAGCUUGGAAAAAGACUUGUAAUUCCCAAAGAUGCACUUGAAACAGUGAUGGUUCUCAAUAAUGCAUCUCAAGAACCAUUUGCUUGCAGUCUAAACAAGUCUGUAGAAGAGCUGGAAAAGACACUUAAGAAACAGUUGAAGAAAGUCAACAUACAAGGCAAACUUUCCAAACUCAAAAUGAAACCCCAGGAUGAGCUGUUCAAGCGAGUGUUUGGAUGUGGGAAACAGUGUCCAUUCUGCAGAGCUCCGUGUGAGGCUGGUGGAGAAGCCCACUCUGAACACUGUGCUUCAGUUCACAGACCUCAGGGACUUGGUCGUUACAGAUAUGUCAAGAAUGAACAAUUAGUGACUAGUAUCUGUUCAACAAAUGUACACAGUGAAGUACAGUUCAGGUGUUUACAGACUAAUAAUGAGUACCAUCCUUACAAAAGAUACAGGGAAAUCUUUCCUGAUUGGCACAUACCUGCUGAUCCUAGCAUUCAGGCUUCAGAUUACUGGAAAUAUGUGAUGGUUAGGUUCAACAAUCAAUUUGCUAAACAUUAUAAUGCACUUCCUGCUGAUAUACCUUUGACCUGGGAAUAUAUAACGAAACAGCAAGCAGAGGACAGCCUAAAAGAAUCUUUUAGCAUAAAAUAAAUUAUUUUCUUUCACAGUGAUUUGGCAGCACCCCCUCCUCUCAGCCUACAAAUCAUGUUCCAUCAUAGGAUUUAUUAACAGCUACUUUUCGUCCUGUGCAAAAAUGUUAUUUAUUGUUUGCAAAUGGUUUUAGCUGACUUACAAUAACAGUAACUAACAAUAUUGCUUGUGCUUACAAAAGAAAAUCUAUUUAGUGAGAAUAAUUUAACUAGGUGAAAGAAUAAGAAAUGUUUCAAACUGACAAACAACAUCAAAUGUUUUAAAAAGCAACAUUUAGUGGAAAAAUAUUUCAUCUAUUAAUGGGAAACGGUUAAGUUUUGAAUAUUUGUUUUUUGAUUACUUCUUAAAAGGGUAUUUUCCGGGUUGUUGUAAAAUAUAAUAUACUUUUAAUCAUGUAUUUUAUUUUAAUAUUCUAUGCCUUGUGGGAAAUAUAUGCCUAUACUAGAUAAAUACUUUUGUGUUAAUUGAAAACAUAAUACAUUUAAUAAUCCUAAAAAUAAAAUAAUUGUUUAAACAUUGAAGGUACAGUAUUUAUACUGAUGUUGUUUCUGACUACUGUGUGUAAUCAAUUAAAUGAAGCUGCUCUUUGGAAUAAAGUGCUUUCAAACAAAUAAAUGCAAUUAUG